AGACAACAUCCAAUUUUUUAAUUUUAAUUUUUUUUUAUUUUUUAAAUAAAACCUUCCAAAGAUACUAACCGGAAGCACUUUGACUUUCCGUGUUCGCUUGACACUCCUAACCUCAUUAGCGCUGGGCAUUUACGGAAGAUUCAGUAACAAUCAAAUAAAUAAAGGAUUACUUCUGACCUUUCUAACGGUGUUAGCCUGUAACAGUGUCCACAAUGUCCAGGCAAUCUAACCGAGCGACAGACAGCAAGAAAAUGAACUCAGAGUUGUUCACUUUGACAUAUGGGGCCUUAGUCACACAGCUUUGUAAAGACUAUGAGAAUGAUGAGGAAGUCAACAAGCAGUUAGAUAAAAUGGGUUAUAACAUUGGAGUGCGCUUGAUUGAGGACUUUCUGGCACGCUCCAGUAUUGGCAGGUGUCAGGAUUUCCGAGAAACGGCUGAUGUCAUUGCUAAGGUUGCUUUUAAAAUGUACCUGGGGAUAACUCCGAGUGUGACUAACUGGAGCCCAGCAGGAGAUGAGUUCUCUCUGAUUCUUGAGAACAACCCUCUGGUGGACUUUGUGGAGCUACCGGACAACCACAGCACCCUCAUCUACUCCAAUCUGCUGUGUGGCAUCCUCCGAGGAGCUCUAGAAAUGGUCCAGAUGGCUGUAGAUGUCCGGUUUGCCCAGGACACUCUUAGAGGGGACAAUGUGACAGAAAUCCGUAUGAGGUUCAUUAAAAGGAUCGAGGAGAACCUUCCAGCAGGAGACGAAUGAGGAAACCAACAAAAUUCAUAUAUCUUUUGUACAAUGAAGAUGAUUUUCAACCCUAUAUAUUGAGACUGAAACACUGAGGAUGAAUGAACAUAAUCAAAUAUCAGCAGUUGUAAAGAUGAUGAUCACAAGCAUAAUUAACUCCAAUGUGUUUGCUCCUUUUCUGUGUGGAAAAAUGUCUUGUCUGUAUUAAAGGUGUACUAUGUAACUUUUUCAUUGGUGGGUCUGCCAUCUUGUCUCCAUGGAGACGUUACUGCCUUGCCAGUAAUGUUCCACUGUAUGAUGCUAAAUCCUCAUUUAUUUUGUAUAUUAUAUUUAUUUUUUUCUUAUUAAUUGAAAAUACCUUGAAACACAUGCAAUCUUACUGAGUUGUUGCUUCAUGAUUUAGAAGUUUAAUUCUAUGCUUUGGAGCAUUCCAGAAAAAGCAGAAGCUUCAUGGAGACAAAAAUGUAAGAGAUCCUCCACCAUAAAAGUUACAUAGUAUACCUAAUAAUUUCUUUAUAAAAUAUCCACUAAACAUUUAUCUUGUACAGCUUUUUAUUGUUAUUAAACUUUCUGAAAUCCA